GAACCAUAUUACGUAAUCGUUGGUAUAAUCUGUUUCCAUUCAGAUAGAGUCCUUCCUCAUCUCACUCAGGAAGGUACUGUUGCUAUGAUGUGCAGGAAGACAGCGUGAGAAGCCAACCUUUAAGCCCAUGAAAUGGACAUCUGGAACAAAGUGAUCAACUUGCUGUUUCUUAUAGCACUCAUGGCAACAGUGACGUCUGCUCUCAGCGCUGUGAUCACGGAACCACCCCAAAGGACAGUGGAAGCUCCUCUUGGUUCCUCUCUGAUCCUCAUCUGCAGUUUUGAGCCCCAGACUAGUGCCUGGGUGAGGUGGUAUUUCAACAUAAACCAAUCAUGCAGUGAUUCUAGUUCCAGUCAACUUUCCUCCCAUAAGAUAUCGGUCAACAAGACUGUGGAGCAGUACAAUGGAGGUCAUGUCCUUCAGGAGUCUGGGAGAGCUUGGUCCAGACUGACUGUGAGAGAUGUCCGGUACAAUGACAGUGGGUGGUACUUCUGCCAGGUUUUGGCAGAUAUCCCUUACCUUAGAAACAGUAACAGCAAUGAAACUCAAGUUAUUAUUACUGGCAAGACGACAGAAAGUACCCCUCCAUCGAUGACAGUAACUCGGUCUACCCACUCCAAUGAGGGUUUGCUUCUAGGCUGGAAGCUGUGGGUAGCAGUGGGAGCAGCAAGUGCCAUACUGGUUUCACUGCUAGUGGUCAUCUGGAUCCUACUACAACGAAGGAGAAGCAUAAUACAAAGAGAGAACCCUAUCUAUACCAAUAUGCCUGCAAUAAAACAACCCUCUCCGCGUCCAGGACUACAGAUGGACAAACAGAAGAUUUCUCCCACUUUAAAAUAUAUCAGGACCCCAACUCCAGCCAGAACCCACGACAACAAACACAUCAGGAUCCCAACUCCAGCCAGAAUCCAUGACAACAAACACAUCCGGAUCCCAACUCCAGCCAGAAUCCAUGACAACAAACACAUCCGGAUCCCAACUCCAGCCAGAAUCCAUGACAACAAACACAUCAGGAUCCCAAUUCCACACAGGGCAAAUGACAACAAACCCCUCACCGAGACCCCGAAUCCACCUAGAGCCCAUGAUGGCAAACAUCUUCCAACUCCUGCCAGGGCACAUGACCUCAGGACCCCAACUCCACCCAGGGCCCAUGACAGCAAAUAAAACUUAAAACCUUGACUUUUUAUGAUUCAUAUUUCCUAUCCUGAAUCUUCCAACAAAUCAAACUAUCUCAGCAAGUAAUUUAAUCCUGUAAGUGUAGUGCAACUCUGUCCUAUCUUACAGAGCUAUCACUUCAGUAUUGUUUUUGGUUGCUGUUAAUUAAUUUUCCAGCAGAUGGCAUGCUAUGGUAGCCUACUAAAUUAGGAUAAAUUAUCGUUGUCUAAAUAUUAUUCUCAGGGUCAUUUAAAAAGUUACCCCAGUUCAGUAAAGCAUCAUUUAGUAAUAAGGAAUAUAAGUGCUAUUAUCUGGAAGGUAAUUUGUAUAGGUAGCCUUUGUAAAAAAGACUUUGAGCAACACAUAUUGGGCUUGAAACACAUCUACCGCUGUUUAUAGUGCAUUCAGAAAAUUCCAUAUUUCAAUCUUUUCUUGUAAUGGUAGCGCAGAUAUUGUGAACCAAUAAAGUAUGUGACUGGCAAAUGUGCCAUAAAUUUACACAAACUCAGAUACAUACAUCAAGUUCAUUUUAGACAAUGUCUUUAAAAUGAUAGUCUACCAGACAACCAGUUCAAAUGUUAUAAUCCCAAUUAUAAACUGGGUGGUUCGAGCCCUGAAUGCUAAUUGGCUGAAAGUCGUAGUAUAUCAGACCGUAUACCAUGGGUAUGACAAAAAUGUAUUUUUAUGCUCUAAUUAUGUUGGUAACCAGUUUAUAAUAGCAAUAGGCACCUCAGGGGUUUGUGUUAUUGGCCAAUAUACCAAGACUAAUAGCUGUGUCCAGGCACUCCACGUUGCGUUGUGUAUAAGAACAGCCCUUAGCCGUGGUAUAUUGGCCAAAUAUCACACCCACUCAGACCUUAUUGCUUAAAUAACAGUGCCAACAUUUUCAGUCAAAUGAACAUUAAAGAUUAGUGGAAUCUGAGUGGGUAGCUGGACAGGUAGGAUGACUGACAGUGAAGGUGAACAGGUGGUCACAGGUCAGGUGACAGGAAAGGAUGAGACUGAGGCAGGAAUUAAAUUUAACCAUAAAAUUGUAUAUUUACUGGGUAGUCUGUGGUGGUUUCAUGGACGCAGAGACCGUCUGGAUUAGACAGAGCUAAUGAAGAGAAAGCAACGAGAUUGGGUGAUGGCGAUUUCCUCCUUUUAUGAAGUUGAGAUCUGUCUGCCAUUUCCACCUGACCUAAUUAAAGCGCCCCUGGCCCAGCUGAGCAAGUGGCCAUGAAUUAAAGGAUUCUUCAAUCAACUCCAUGGGCCUAC